UUUUUAUUUCUCUCUAAAUUGUCUCUCUAGUUGUAGCCGUAGCAUCUUGUUAUCAAUUGCACUGUGUUGAACACUUUAAUCAACGUUACUAAGCAUUCCUUUUAAGUACACCUAAUCUACCUCAAACUCAAACAUGAUUGUUAACAAUGUAAUUCCUUUCGACCCCAUUCCGCUGGAAAAGGUGUACGUCAAUCUACGCAGCGUGGAACGCUCGGUUGACCUGCUGACAUCGACACUUAUCAAGCGACAAUCGCCGGCUCAGCUGCUCCACUGGACACUCAAGGCGCUAAGCCUGACCGAUUUGACGACGCUGAGCGGCGACGAUACGCGAGCGAACGUCGAGCGGCUUUGCUUCAGGGCGGCCUAUCCGUUUCCCGAACGACUGGCAGACCCCAAAGACUAUGGCCAGGUUCAUACGGCGGCGGUGUGCGUGUACCCGAGCCGGGUUGGCGAUGCGUACAGGGCGCUGGGGGCGUUGAAGCGACUGGACCAGAUUCAGAUUGCCGCUGUGGCCACCGGAUUCCCUUCGGGACAGUAUCCGCUGCACUCGCGACUCGCGGAGAUUACGUACGCCAUCGAGCAAGGAGCGACCGAGAUUGAUAUCGUAGUUGAUCGGAGCCUGGUGCUGAACGGCAAGUGGAACCAGCUGUACGAGGAGAUCGUCAAGAUGCGUGAAGCUUGCGGCGACAAAGCGCAUCUGAAGACCAUUCUUGGUAUUGGAGAGUGCGGAACCAUGGUGAAUGUGUACAAGGCGUCGAUGGUGGCAAUGAUGGCGGGGUCUGACUUUAUUAAAACGUCUACGGGGAAGGAAGCUGUGAAUGCCACGCUGCCAGUUGGGUUGGUUAUGAUUCGUGCCAUUCAGGAGUUUUACAGGUUGACGGGAAAGAAGAUUGGCUUGAAACCUGCGGGUGGAGUUCGUACGGUGAAGGAUGCCGUGGCUUGGAUGAUUAUGAUAAAGGAAACUCUGGGAGAGCAGUGGCUCACCCCGGAACUGUUCCGUUUUGGGGCGUCCGGACUGCUGGACGAUGUCGAAAAGCAAUAUUACAGCCUUAGCAAGCAGCUACGUAAGUAAAAAGUACGUACACGUUGGUUGGAGAAAUUUUAUUUCUUUUUAUUAAAAAUUUGUACAAUAACAAUAAAUAACUAGAAAAAU